AUGCUCAGCCGGCUGAAGACGGCCGCUCAAGGGGGGCCGGGCACGACCGGUGACGACAGCGCCGGCACAAGCAAAGCAGACAGGAACAGCAAGUGGGGGCGUCGCGGCGGCGGCGGCAAGCCGGCGGAGCGAGACCAGUUCCGCGUUCAGCAGCAAGGGUUUUACGUCAGGGGUGACCUGACCGUCGAUGUGUUUCAGGCGCGAGGCCUGCGCUUGGGGAGUGCCACGGAGAGGAACCCGUACUGCGUGGUGUUGGUGGACCGAGUAAAGGUCGGAGAGACCCCGACAGCGUCCAAGACAGUGUCGCCGGUGUGGAACCAUCCCGUGAAAGUGUCCCAUGAGAGCUUCCGGAGGGCGGCGGAUACCAACGUCUGGCCGGUGCCCUAUCAGCCGCUCUCUGUCCAGGUGUGGGAUCGUUCCAACACCUCGGAUGCCCUCCUGGGGACCGCCCGAGUCCACAUCACCGACGCCCUGUCUAGCGGCGACAAGAACGGCUGGUACAAGCUUGUGGGCACAGGCGAUCAGGCCGGGGUCGAAGAGGUUUGCGGCAAGAUCCGGGUGAAGGUCCACUGGGAGUCAGAGACGCUAGUCUCUUCCCCGGAAGACAAGCCGAGACUGUUCCUGAGGGACGUGUUCGGGCCGGACCAACGGGACUACCAGCACCUGUACUACGGCGGCCUCAGCAGCACCAUGCUGUGCCCGCCCGCAGGCGAGGAGGCUCUCCUCGAGCUGAUGAUGGGGGUCAGCAGACAUGAUGUCACCGCCAACAACCACGGAAAGGGCGUCGAGGGAAUGCUGGUCCUGACGGAGCUGAGGCUGCUGUUCCUCCCGGACAUCGGCGUCGGAUCCACGACGGCGUCUUUCCUGGAGUUCAACACGGUGCAGGUGUACCUCGCGGCGGUGAGAAACUUCUCGCACAGGGGUCUGGAGGGGGGGGAUCGCCUCCUGUCCAUCACCACCCGCGACGGGCGCUUCGUGCACUUCCGCAUGCCGGCGGCCGCGUCCGCCGCUCGGUGCGGGACGUGGUUCGACACGGAAGGGCCUCAGCAGCAGCGGCGGCGGUGGCGGGUCGGGGGGGGCACGCAGAGCAGCAGCGGGAGGGAGGAGCUCUGGCAGAGGGGGCUGUGGGGGGCGGGGACCAGCGAGCUGUGGAUGGAGCGCUUGGUGGACGAGAUCCGGUGGAGGAAAGCGUCCGGCGACUUCGUUGCCCUGUGGCACAAGCUCAGCGAGACCGCGGCCAACCCCCGGGCGACGGCGGCGGCCACGAUCGCCGUCCCUUCCUCCUCCUCCUCCUCCUCCUCGAGCGCUCAGCCCCCUUCUUCUUCGCAAGCUCAUCACGCAGCAGCGACGGCCAGCAACAACGCCGCCGCGGCGGCAAGGCUAACCGCGAUCCGCGCCGCCGCCGCAGCCGCGGACGCGAGGGGAGACCUGGCGGACGGGCGCGGGGCUCUGCAGCGGGACCUGGAGAGGAUGGGCGUGCCCAAGGCUGGGGGAGGGGGAGGGGCGAGCUACGCCGCGUUCGGGAGGCAGAUGUGGGAGUUCAAGCCCGUCAACAAGGACUACGCGCUGUCGCCCACGUACCCGCAGGCACUGGCGUUCCCGUCGUCCAUCACGCCAGCGCAGCUGUCGGCGGCGGCGCCGCAGCGGAGCCGAAGCCGGGUGCCGGCGCUGGUGUGGCUGCACCCCGCCUCGAAGGCUCCCCUUUGCCGCUCCAGCCAGCCCAUGGCCGGGAUGACCACCAAGGUGCUGAGUGAGGACAUUCACCUCCUCAAGCAGAUCCGCGUGACGCUCGACGCUUCGAAGCUCAGCAUCGUGGACGCGAGAUCGCUGCUGAACGCUAAGGCAAACCAGGUCACCGGCAAGGGGUAUGAGGACGUGAACGACAUCGGGCGCGACGUGUGCACGCUGGGCUUCAUGGGCAUCGAGAACAUCCACGCCGUCCGCGACAGCCUCGCCUCCUUCUGCGCCGCGUCUCAGGCGCAGGGGCAGGAGUACUUCCACGCUGUCGGAGCCAGCGGCUGGCUGCGACACCUCUCUCAGAUCAUGAAGGGCGCGGCGUUUGUUGUCGACGAGCUGCAGAGAGGCAUUGCUGUCCUUGUCCACUGCUCGGACGGGUGGGACCGCACGGCGCAGCUCACGGCCUUAGCACAGCUGUACAUGGACCCGUACUACCGCACCCUGGAGGGCUUCGAAGUCCUGGUGGAGAAGGAGUGGUGCUCUUUCGGGCACAUGUUCGGCCUCAGGGCUCACUCGGACUCUCCCACGGAGUCGUCACCGGUGUUCCUGCAGUGGCUAGACGCUGUGUGGCAGCUCGUCAGACAAUACCCGUCGUCGUUUGAGUUCACCGGGCACUACCUCGAGCGGCUGGUGGAAGGCGUGUACAGCGCGGGCUUCCUCAACUUCGCAGGGAACUGCGAGCGCGAGAGGAAGGAAAAGCUCAAGGAGCUGCGCGAGACGGGCAGUGGUGCUCUCAGCCUGUUUACCUACCUUAGGGAGCACGCGAUGGAGGGCACCAUGACGGCGCCGCUGCUCAACCCUCUCUACCGGCCGCCCCCCUACACCCUUGGCGGCGGCGGCGGCGGGCGGGUGCCGGCGCUGAGAGCGGUGGACGUGCUGCGGCCCUGCUGCGAGCUCCAGGGCCUAGAGGUCUGGAAGACGGUGUACAUGCGGGAUAACCUGCUGCUGCACCACAGGGAGCAACAGCUGUCGGUGGAGCAGGGCUUGCGAUUGCAGGUAGCUAUGCUGAGAGCGUCCCGCGUAGCGUCCGACCGUCGACAGCGGGCGACCCUCUCGGUCCUCGCUCUCAUCGCCGUUGCGGUAGCCGUGCUUGCCUGGGUGGUUCGGGGGGUGUACGGCUACGACCACGGAGACGUGCCGUCGUUUGCCCUCGGCCUGGCGGUGGCCGUCGUGCCGGCGCUCUUGGUGUGGUCGUUGCCCCAGCCGGCGUUUGAGCCGCGGGGGUGCGGGGCGAUGACCGACUCUCCGUCGUCGGUGUCUGAGUGAACGCGUAGCCGCCCGACUGAAUUGAGCCCCCCCGGUGUAUACUGACUAGAGUUUAUCGCAUAUGUAGCGUUUGGUUGAGCUGAAUUUUUAUUGCAUAGCUUUUGGUCCGAGCGCGGUGUUGGUGUUUUGUCGGAGCAAUUCCAACCCCCUCGAUAGAGCAGCGUACCAGAGGCUUUCUCUUUUUCUGUGCACCUUUCGGAGGGAUCUCCGUUUGGUGUGCAGAGCAACACGCAACCCAUGGACGAAAAUUUGAUGGUGUUUUUCGUUAGAAAUGGUUGAGCGCGAAGACCAUCGCGGAAGUAUCGUUCGUUUUGGCCGCUUAGAUUUUGUUGGUUACUAGUUAGUUGCUUGUGUCGGGUGUGAGCACUUUGAUGAAGCGGGUAGGACCACGGGGAGGUAUUUGUUUCUGGAAAAGAAAACCACUCUGGCUCGUAGAAAAAGGGUGAGAGGGAAACAAACACCAUGCGCACCACACCGGGGUAUGAACUAUUUAUCGAGUACACGCACACGCAAACGUUGAUGAAACAAGUUGCAACACAGCAGCCAGUUCACGCCAUUCGUUAGAUCGCCGAUGCUUUUGGGCGCUUGCAGAAAGCCUGGGCUUCUCCGUUGGGUAGCCCUUCUGCUCUUGUUACUCUUUUUUUUUAUAUGUGUUUCAGUUGUUUUUGUGUUUUGCUUCCCUUCCCCCGACAAAGUCAAGUCAGGAAACAUGACCGCACGUUUUUGUUGUCGCUCCACGUAAAUUUUCCAUGGCCUGGAUUUUUUCUAUAGAAUAUGUGGUAUUAUUUUAGUUGCCAAGGGACAGGCGUAGAAGUGAAGCCUGUGUCUUUGUAGUUCCUGUGUUUAUUGUGUUGUUUUCCUCGUCCAUGAUCGGCAGUGGUGGCAAGCAAUUUUUGCUUCUCUGUGGAGUAUGAGACAACGACAGUACGUGGGCAGCUCCCCCUCUUUUUUUACCGGGGGCAUAUGAGGCGGGGUGAACACGUGAAAAGCCUGUUUUGCUUGGAGUCCAGCAGCGGCGGCAGUCUUGAAUCAUGGUUCUGCUUUUAUCAUGAGGAAGCGUGCCUUUUUAUUUUGUUCUAUAACAAGAAUGAAGUUUUUUUUAUGUUGUGCUUGUUGCUACGAGAGGGGCUACGGGAUCUGACUAGCUAGUGUCCUGAGCCUUUCCGUCCUUGUUGCGUCGUUACUCGUGAUUUACCGGUGCGGUACGCACCCGAGGAAGAAAAAAGUGUUGGGAGGAUGCGAAGCGUUAGCGUUCUAGCCUACUUUUGUGGCUGAGAUACUUCAGUCAGUGAUUAGAAUGUACGGACAAAAUCAAAUCAAUUC